AGUAAGUUUGGUUUGGGGAUUUGGUAACGUCGUUUUCUGGUUAGUAAAUAAUAAUAAAAACAGAGCAAAAUAAAAAAAAAAAAAAGAAAAAAAAAAGAAAAGUGAUAAAACGAGGUUCUUGCAGGUUGCAGUCUGAGAGUCUUUUCUACUGAGAGAGAGAAAAAAAACUUGAAAAGUGGGUUUGUUUUCUUUUUGUUUGUUCAAAGUUAUUAAAGCUCAAGCUUUGUGGAUCAGUUUCUUUUUUUCUCAGAGGAAGAAGAAGAGGAAGAAGAAACGUUUUUGAGAGUUUUGUAACGGAAGAAAACUGUUGCUGCUGCUGUUGAUUAAAGAGCAUUUAUAGUGUGGGUUUAUUGAUUGUGGAGAAACGGUUUUGGAUUUUAUAUGUAGGAAGAGAGGUUGAUUGAAGUGUGUUGGGGUUUAUAAGUGGAUUUUUGAGGUUUGUGUUUUUGUUUGAUUUUGGUGUUUGAGAGAAGACAGAGGGAGAAGGUGGUGGUGGUGGUUUACUGGUUUUAAUGGCGUUUAUGUUUGAUAAUAGCUCAGGUUUUGCUGGGGAAGUACAGAAUAAUACAGGUUAUGGAUGUGAUGAUCUAUAUUCAGAGUUAUGGAGAGCUUGUGCUGGUCCUCUGGUUGAUGUUCCAAAAAUUGGUGAAAGGGUUUACUAUUUCCCUCAAGGUCAUAUGGAGCAAUUAGAAGCAUCAACAAAUGAAGAAUUAGUUCAAAGAAUUCCUUUGUUUAAUCUACCUUCAAAGAUUUUAUGUCGAGUUGUUCAUAUCGAAUUACUGGCUGAACAAGAAACCGAUGAGGUUUAUGCAAGAGUUACUUUGCAACCAGAAGAUGAUCCGAAUGAACCUAAUAGUCCUGAUCCAUGUGUACAAGAACCACCAAGAGAGGGUGUUCAAUCUUUUUGCAAGAUUUUGACUGCUUCUGAUACUAGUACUCAUGGAGGGUUCUCCGUUCUUCGGAAACAUGCCAAUGAAAGUUUACCUCCGUUGGAUAUGACCCAAGCAACACCAACUCAGGAAUUGAUUGCAAAGGAUCUUCAUGGGUACGAGUGGAGAUUUAAGCAUAUAUUUAGAGGUCAACCUCGAAGACAUUUACUUACAACUGGUUGGAGUACCUUUGUCACUUCGAAGAGAUUGGUUGCUGGGGACACUUUUGUUUUUCUCAGAGGGGAGAAUGGGAAUUUACGUGUUGGAGUAAGGCGUCAUGCUAGGCAACAAAACAAUAUGCCGUCAUCUGUGAUAUCCAGCCAGAGCAUGCAUCUUGGAGUGCUCGCCACAGCAUCUCAUGCUGUAUCAACGAAAACCCUCUUCAUAGUUUACAACAAGCCAAGGACAAGUCAAUUUAUAAUUGGCCUGAACAAGUAUUUAGAAUCUUUGAAAAAUGGAUUUUCUGUGGGAAUGCGAUUUAAGAUGAGAUUUGAAGGGGAGGAUUCUCCGGAGAGAAGGUUUUCUGGUACGAUAAUUGGAACUAAUGAUGUUUCUCCCCAGUGGUCAGAUUCCAAGUGGAGAUCGUUGAAGGUUCAAUGGGAUGAACCUUGCUCUACACCAAGACCUGACAGAGUUUCUCCAUGGGAGAUUGAGCCUUUUGUUGCUUCUCCAGCUCCUCCAAAGCGGAUUCAACCUCUGGUAUCAAAAAAUAAAAGGCUUCGAAUCUCCACAGAUCUCCCAAUUCAUGGAACUACUGCAAGUUCUGUAGCUUCACCACUCUGGUACCCUGGAGCUACGCAAUCCAAUGAAGUAACUCAAUCGAGUGGCAUGGACAUUCAAAGUAGUGAAACUCAAAGCAUCUGGCUUCCCAAACAGAAUGAAAGCAUGGGAAAUUUUGUAAACAGCAACGGUAUCACGAGGAUCCAGAGGGAGUCCCUUGGAAAUGCUUCCCUUGAUCUGUUUCAAGAUGAUAGAACAGCUUCGAUGUGGUCAGGGCAUUUGGGUUAUUCGAACGCUGACCAUUCAUUAAUCACAAAGAACGAUCAUAUGCAGGACCAAGUAGAAUCGGAAAAGAAAUCUGAGACUCCAAGCGGCUACCGUUUAUUUGGGAUUGAGCUGAUUAACAAUACAAAUACCCCAGCCAAUAUAGUGAAGGAACCAGUAAAUGACAUCACUGUUUCCAGUGCCAUCGCUGAAAUAACUGGUCCCUCAACCUUAUCUGGGUCCGAGUCAGAUCCGCAAUCUGCUCUUUCAAAUGCAUCCAAAGAACAGCAACAAGUACUAUUGCAAGCACAGCCAAAGAGCUUCUCAACAGCUACCAGAAGUCGUACUAAGGUACACAUGCAAGGGAUAGCAGUUGGUCGAGCAGUGGAUUUGACCACUUUGGAUGGUUACGACCAGCUUAUAAAUGAGUUGGAGGAGAUGUUUGAGAUUAAAGGAGAGUUAUCCCCUCGUGACAAAUGGGAAGUUGUAUUUACCGAUGAUGAAGGGGACAUGAUGCUCGUUGGUGAUGAUCCUUGGCUGGAAUUCUGCAAGAUGGUGAAGAAGAUUUUCAUCUAUUCGAGCCAAGAAGUUAGAAGGAUGAGUCCAGGAUGCAAGUUAGUGUCAUCUUUAGGCGGUGGCGAAGGUACUCUUGUAAGCUUAGACUCAAAUCUAAAAACAGAUAAAUGAAAAAGCCGUAGUUCAAUCCAUUAUCUUUUCUUGGGAGGUCGGUUCUCUUUUGAAAGCAACAACAUAUUUUGAGGAGAGAACAAAAAGUGUAACUAAUUUGCGCAGCUCGGUUUUUUUAGAGCUUCCUGUUAUGGUUUGUUGUUGGAGAAGUGAAUAUAGGCUCAAAAGACUUGCAAUUCAAGAGAGAAUGAAAUGAUGGGUCUGUGAACAAAGUAGUAACGAGUGAUGAUAACUCUUUGUUUGGUAUAUAUAUUAGCACUGUCAGUACGUAGUAGUAGACUCGAGUGGUCGCAGUAAUAGUAGUAGUAUUAGUAGUAAUGAUAGAGCAGGGUUAACCUUUUGAAGGUGUGAAUAUAGUCGUCACCGUAGCCAUGGGAGGAGGAAGAUGAAUCUGUACUUGCUGCUUUUCUUGAUAUUUUGUAAACACUUCCUGUAUAUAUAUGCAAGUUCGGUUUCGCCAAAGCCAGUUUUAUUUCA